AUGAAUAUGAAUGGGCAGCCCAUGGCCUAUGCUGGGCCUCCCUUUGGGCAACCAGCAGGCUACAUGCCCGUGGGUGCCGGAGAUGAGUAUGGGCCGCCCGGGCCGCCUGGGCCGCCACAAAACCCACACUUAGGGCCCUCCGAUGGCCAGCCGAGUCCAGGAAUGGAAGGUAGCCCAAGCUCAUCUUACGGAGGUAGCCCCGAUGGUUCGUAUGGUGAGAUGGGGUCAGGCACACAUGCCCAAUAUGCUGACAUGAGCGAUAUGGAUUACCAGCAGUUUACGGAGGGUGCUGGCAAGACUGGCGCUUCCGGCAGUCCAAAGGACAGUCUCCAGAAAGUCGAUCCAGACUCUGGAGUUGGCCCUAGAAGAUGUACGGACCUUGUGUGCGUCCUUUUAUUCAUCCUCUAUCUGGUGGCCAUGCUGAUUUUCUUAACCGUCGUGAAGAACGGAAGUGUAGAUGGGCGGGCCUAUUCGGACGUUCGCCGACUGACGCAUGGAAUGGACUUUGAGGCCCGUCUUUGCGGCGUGGACGAUGGCGUGCAGGAGAAGCCUUUCGUUUUCUGGUGUCGGGACAAUCCUUCUGAGAAGGAGUUCAGCACCAGUCCGUCAAAGUUGAAUCUGCGUCACCCUGUUUGUAUUCAAGAAUGUCCAAGACUGUCAAAGGGCUCACAGCUGGGACCAAACCAGGUCGAGCCAACCUGCCCUGAUUACACCUGGAACAAAUCAUUGCAGAAGGGCGUGGGCAGCUUCCAGGACUGCUGGACAGUCAUGUUUUGCACAGUGCUCGCGGCAAUCGCUCUUAGCUUCGCUUACGUGUGGGUCGUGGUCUCACUGAAGGAUGCGGGGGUCAAUAUUGUCAGCUUCGUCUUGAUCUUGGUGCACAUUUUCCUUUUGCUGGUCAGCAUCUUUUGCUUUUUGGCUGUAUUUUACGGAAGACCUAUAUUCUCCAAAGAGCAGUACAUGGACUACAACCUUUUUUUUAGUCGUUCUUCGCCCAACCAGGCUGUCGUGGAAUCAACGAUCUGCGGAGCCGUGUUCCUUCUUAUGUCGUUGAAUGCUUGCACAUUCUACACCAACGUGAACCAUGACACGGAGGAGAUGCAUGAACUCACAGAGGCAGCCUACGCUGCCUUGAUGAAGCUUCGAUCUCUCUUUUGGAUCCCGCCUCUACUAGCAAUUGCCAAGUUUUUUUCUGCGUGGAUUCUGUGCUACAACUUCAUGACGCUCUGCUCUGUCGGGAUAUUUGAUGAUUAUCGUAUCAUUGUGGAGGGAGAGCCCUAUGCAGGCAUGAGCAAGCAUUUCUAUUUUGACCCAUGGAUGUGGCUGGGUAUUGUGAUCUACCUUCUAGGAUGUUUGUGGAUUAUGGAGAUCUGGACGUCUGUGGGGCAGUUUGUCAUUUCGUGGUGCUCGGUCAUUUUCUAUUUCACAGAGAAGGACGAUGAUGAAAAGGUGGCUAUACCAGUUGCUGCCUGGAAAGCGCUGUGGAUUGCAAUCCGGUACCAUACAGGCAGUAUUCUGCUCGGUGCAGCUGGGAUUUGGUUUUUCCGGAUGUUCCGAAUGGCUGCAUGGAUUUGGUCUGAGAGCCUGCCGCACAAAAGCUCCAAAUGUGGCAACUUUGCCCCUCUCAGCUGGUUCAACUGCUUCGUUCAGACCAUUGGCAAAUGCUUCGACGCGUGCCUUGGUGACAAAGAGAAGAGAGGCAAACAAGCAGGAAGCUGGCAGGAGGGAGACUCCAUCUUCCAGCAGUACUCCAAGGAUGCCUAUCAAGACGUGACGAUUCGAUCACAGCAUUUCUGGCAGGCCAAGGAGAAGGCUCAAAAGUACAUAAAUUCUCAGGCGCAGGUCAAGAAGUACACAGGCAAAUGCCGACCGAGUACCUUCAUCGGAGUUGUGGCCAUUGCUGUGGCCUCUCACUUGGCUGGCUUCCUGAUCUCCUACCUUAUCAUGGACCACUCUGGUGUGGCCGAGACGUACGAUUUUUGUGCCUUGUAUGACCAUUUGGCUGACUCGCUUCUUUACUGCUUUGCAUACAAUCGCAAAGUAAACAAGAAGACCAUUGACAAGUUUGUGCCAGAAGAGAUCCAUGAAAUAAUCGGCCAUGAGGUGAUUGAGUCCACAAAGAAACCCUCCUAUGGCUACCAUGGAAGGGCAAGGCCUGAGAUGUUCGUGUCCACCUGGCUCAAACAGGGCCAGCACACCUUUGGGGGCUGGUCCAUGGGAGGAAGCGAGCACCAGGCAGGGCUACCUGUCAUUCUCGCGCAGUCUUUCACAAGCCCAGGCACCAAAGUUCUUCCUCUUCAAUGCUCUCUCUGGUCUUUGCGUUCUCGGUCUGAUCUCCUUGUUUCUUUCGUGUCGUUGUCCCAUUUUCUCGUUGAAUUUCUCUUCACUUAG